GUGACCACUAUUGGAGUUUUUUAUUUUUUUUAUUUUCUAUUUACUUUUUUAAGUUGUAGAAAAUACUUUAUUCUAAAAAAAUAUUUCUUUUAAGCUUUUUAUACAAUAUGACCGCAUUAAUAAACUAAUACUAAUAAAUACAAUGUGUUCCGAAAAAAAGAAAAUGAAGUUAACAGAGUCGACAUCAGUUGCAAAUACAUGUAAGCGACAAGGUGAAUCAGUAGAACCGUCGUUUAAACGAGUAAAGACAGAGAAACCCCCGAAAGAUGAUCUUCAGGCCAAAAAAAGAAAGAAUUUUAUUACAGCUUGCGAAAGAGUUUCCUAUGAGGCAUAUUUUGAUCAGUGUUCUCGAUUCCAGUUAUUCUAUUUACCUACAUGCGCUAAAGGCAAUUGUUUACAUCAAGAAUACAAACAUGGAGGUAACAUAAAGGAGAUUCCAUCAUAUGCUGAAGAAUCAUUUAAAAUUGAAAUGAAAACUAACAUGUGGUGUGAAGCUUUAGAAGUAUGUCAACUGUGUAUCACUCCAGAGCAAUAUUUAUCUGCUAAUGUUUUAAAAGACAUAGUAGAAAUAAUGCUGAAUGCACAUGAUGAUAACUAUGUUGGCUACACUAUACAAUAUUUAAUAGAUAAAUGCCAAACAAUUCUGUCACAAAACUUCAGCAUACAUCCACCAUGCAUGGUUAAAAGUCUUAGAAAAUGUUACAAUGACUUUUUAAUGUCUCCUAUGGAGCCAAAAGAGAAAACAUUUACUAACAGAUCACAAUUUGAAUGUGAAAAAGGCAUUGUAAAAUAUUGUAUGAACAGACUACAAUAUGAAAUCAGUAUAGAGAGUAAAGAUGGACCUCUCAUAAACAAAGAUGAGAACAUUCCAGAAGAAAUGAGGCAAAGUGUUAAAGGCUUACACUGGAUAAAAGAAAAACUAGAAAUUUAUGAACUGUUAGAAAGAAAUGAGAGAAUUGAAAGACUCAUGUCUGUUCUAGAAUGUAUUAUAGAACUACUGCAAUAUGAUUUAGCUAUAUGGCAUUCAAGAUAUACUAAUAAUUUAGGCUCACACAUCAUGCGGUCUCACAAACCGCUAAUGGCAUAUAUUUUGUGGGGAAACAAUGUGCUUUAUACUGGUACAGUUAAUAAUAACUGCAGGCAAAUUUUAAAACUGUUUGUCUAUAUGGUGCACCUACAGUAUCCACAAGAUUACAUAAUAAUUAUGACGACUUGGCUUAACAUAAUUAUUCAAACAUUUUAUAUUUGUGAAAAAAACUCAAACUGUGACUAUCCAAAUACAGGCAAAUAUUGCAAUAUUUUCGCAAACGAAUUUUAUAAAAUCAUCUCAGUGAUGCCACCACAAUCUAUUAUUAGAAUACUAGAAAGGAUACAACCACAUUACAUGCAAUACCUUGUAGGUUCUUUGCAUGUACAAAAGUUAUUAUCAUCACAAUUUGAUGACAUUAUUGUUAAUUUAACAAAUUUUAUUGAAAAAUCACAAUGGAAUCAAUAUCCAAUGAGUGAAAAUGAAAUCAAUAUAUCAAAAAAAUAUGACACAAAACCCAAAAGAGUUAAAAAUAUUUUGCACUUUCUUUCAAAAAUGUGUAGAAGUUGGAGAUCAUCAUCAAAAUCUAGCUCCCUAAAUUAUAGAGUAUAUCCUAAAUUUGACCAAGAUUCUUUAAAUGAUGAUUACAAAAUUAAUAUUAAUUAUGUUGUUCACACUAUGUAUAUAACACUGGAGGCAUAUUUUGAUGCAUUUAAUGUGGAACGUAUUCAAGAAACAUUGGAUAGUUUGAAUGAACAGAUACUUACACAUAAUGAUACUGUUGACCAGGUUACAAACUACAGCUCAUAUAGUGUUACAGAACACUUCAUAAAAAAGUACAGGUCUAUAUUCCAGAAACUACAAGAACUUGUGUUGAUAUUACAUAAUUUGAAAACCACUGGAGAACUGCCUGAGGUUCUAAAAGUAUUUGAGAAAAUUGGCUUAUUAGGUUUAUGAAAUAUCAGAUUUUAUAUAGUAAUAAACCUAUGUAAGAAAUGUAAUUUACUUAUGCUUGAAAUUUUAUAUUAUCUUCCUGUUUGUAUUUUAUCUUCACAAUUUGCUCUAAUAUUUUGUUGACAUAUUCUAUCUAUACUUUAAAUAACUAUUCUGUCAUUAGUAAUUUGUACUAGUCACUAGUAAGAGCCAAAAACUUCAUGAACAAAAUAGAGUAAAAUAGUAUUAAUUAGUAACUUACAUACAUUUAUUACAAAAUAACUUGUAAGGAAUAUUGUGAUAUUGAUUAGUUUUUACUGUACUGUUCUAGGAUAAAAAAGGACCAAGUUGAGUAACUCAAUUUUUUUAUGUACUUAAUAUUUUUUUUUAUAAUUGAUGCCAUAUGUUGAUCACAUUUAAAAUAAAUUUUAAAAAGAUAUAAAAUUAAUGUCUUUGAUCUACAUAUGUGCCUUUACUAUUUCCCUCAUGUAAAUAAUUCUUAGUUUCAUAUUAUUAUGGUCAAAAAUGUACAAUGAUUUGUUACACAAAAAAUAGCAUAGCAUAUAUGGCGACAACUACAUAUAACAUGUUAACUACUUAUAUGAGAAAUAUGAUCUGUGUCAAUAAAACUAGAAAAUGUAAAGAAAUAAAAACCAUAAAAUAAUCUGUUGAUUUUCAAUAAAUAGAGAUUAGUGUUUUUGUAAUAAUUUCAACAUAAAUUGGUCACCUUUUAAUUAAAUUCAAUUGAAUCAGUCUAUAGUAAUUAUUAAAUGGUAAUUAUGCAAUACUAUCUGUUCCCCUCGUCUUUUUCCAUGUAAAUACUGAUUCAUAUGAGCAAAACAAUAUAUUGAUAUAGUGUCCUAAAUAAGGAUAAGACCUACCAUACACCAAAUUUCAUUCAAAUCCAUUCUGCAAUUUAAGCAUAAUUGAGUAACAAAUAUCCAAACAUCUUCACAAUCUUUCACAUUUAUAUGAAUUAUUUAUAUUACAAGGAUAUGAAACUUUGAUUCAGAUACCUGUUAAUAUAGACAAUAUGACCUGAAUAUAACUAUAUAUGAUAAUGUUGAAGGCAAAAUAAUCUUAUUACACUCUCCAAGUAUGUCUUCUCAGUACCAGGCUUACAAUGUAAAGCAGGGUGCUGUGAAUUAAUAUAACUGCCAUAUCAGAUUACCUACCAUAUAGAUAGUGCCACCUAAAAAAGUAACUAAAAUAAAUAUAAAGAAUAAGUAACUUCAAGGAGGGACUUCUUUAUUUUAUUUGUAACUAUCCUAAUGGGAGACAGGUAUGUAUUCUAUGUAUAUAUCAUAGAUAAAAAAAUAUGUAUUUGUCAAAGAUCAUUAUCAUUUGUUUAGACUAGAAAAAUUUACUUGGUCAAACCAAGUCAAUUUCUCAUGUGUAAUUAUUCUAGAAAACUAUUUUAAUACAUAGUCUUAAAAUUUGUUUAUAAUGAAAUCAAUUUUCCUACCUGUAUGAGAAGAGAUUGAGCCAUAAAAUAUUUAAUAAAUAUUACUGCCACUGGUUUUUUAAGUGCUUAUGUAUUUUUUUCUUUAUAAAAUUUUGCUGUUCCUGCCAAGUACAUGGUGUAAUUAUAAAUUUAUACUGGAUAAAAAUAAAACAAAUUGAAGUUA